AUGCCAAGCCCACCCCCUAACAUGGUCAAAUCCCUCUCCCACCUGAGGUUAGGAGGGCUAGAUGACGACCUUAUGGACCUGAUCAACACCAACGUUCUCUCCACCCAAGCUUUUGAAAUGCUCAACGCCGAAGCCACCAGACACACCGAACGCCUUUUCCUCACUCUCAUGCUAGCCAUAGUCAACCAGAACGCCAUCCACCAAAAACAAGUCGAAGAACUCAAGGACGAUAUCGAAGAAAUAAUGACCAAGCACGCCAACCUGACUACGGCGAUCGCAAACUGUUUCAAGCGGAUUGACAGUCGCCACGCCACCCCUCCCAAUGCGACCCCCCCCCCCAGUGAUCACACUAACCCGCACUCCACCCAAGCCCCACCACCAACUACAACCCGAGAAAUGCCUCCCGCAACCCUUCAAACACCCAAGCCCCCAAGUCCUAUCGACAAGCAGCGCAAGAAAACUUACAUCAAUGGGAAACCGUCUCCAAGUGAGGACGCAACAAAAUCCCAGCCCCCUCCCAGAUACCGAAAAGCGCGGCAAACCUUCUAG